AUGGAAGAUUGGCCCUUAAGAUCCCCAAUAGACGCAACUUCGGACUCCGUCGAGAAAUUCUCUAAUGCAGUAACCAGAGUUUUGAGGAUACGACCCAUUCGAUCGACGAUAAAACUGGCUAAAUGCAUAAACACGGGUUUCACCAGUCACACAACCUCCGGGAUGCAUUUCAAGUAUCAGGCAUGA